AUGAUACCACUGACUGUCCUCAGGGAAUACUGCAACGAGCUAGAGCUCUCCAACAACAACACUGAGUUCCUGCUCAACUUCAUCGCUCUCAUGGAGAAGGUGACACCUGACUCCAAACAAUGUGAGUCACUCCGUCCCUCCAUUUCCCUCAGGGGAGACUACCUCUCAUCUUACUGUAGCCUCGCCACGUGGAAAUGUAAUGGCAGGAUCAGAAUUCUCAUAGUUUACAUAUGACCGCUAUACUCAGUAUUUAAAUGCACAGUCACAAUCAACAAUUUGCUGUCAAUCACAAUGCCUCCUAAAGCAUGUUCCCUUCUCACUGUGGUCUAACCCAGGUGACAACCUGCUCCUUCAUAACCUCAUCCUGGACACUGGCAUCAUCAGACAACUGGUGGAGAAGGUGUGGAAAACCAAAGACCUCACCACGUGAGUAGAGGACUGCAUGUGUACUACGUGUUAUAUCCAGAGUCUGGGUACUUCCUUUAUUCUCACUCUCCUGUUCUGUGUUGCAGAUAUGGCUUUCUGGCAGUGUUCGCUGCAACAGAUGGAGGGAUUACAAGAGUGUAUCCCAACAAGUGAGUCCAGUCUUAAUCUACCACCUAACAUUUCUUCAAAGUUGUACGUAGUAGAGUACAUUGAAUGUGCACGUAAAGCCUCCCAAAUAUUGGACCAACUUCAAGUGCCAAAGUCAAGUGCCAAAGUCAAGUGCAAAGUCAAGUGCAUAAAUGUAUCUAAAUUACUUUUUGUGCUUAUAAACAUAUAAACUGGUAUUAAAUAUCCAGGAUAGCUUGGACCAAGGUAUCUGCCAUUAUACCUUACAGUUUAGUAGUUUCUGGCCCUGGCUCUGUCUGUGAGUUUUAAUGUUGUGCUGAUCCUCAGGGCUGCUGAGACUUGGGAGGAGGACCCUGAGCCUUUUAAUGCCAGCUAUUACCGCCGGAGUCUGGACAACAAGGGCUACAUCUUCAGAGCGCCUUAUCGCACCGGUGAGUCACCAUCUGUCUCACUUCCACCCAGACACUACUGGACUACUAAAGUCUUUAUGGGAUCUGUUCUGUUGACUUGUUUGUUAUUGACUCCCUCCUCCAUCCCUCCUCUCUCCCUACUUCAUCCUUCCUCCCUCCAUCCCUUCUCUCUCCCUCCUCCAUCCCUCCUCUCUCCCUACUUCAUCCCUCCCUUCUCCAUCCCUCCUCUCUCCCUCCUCCCUCCAUCCCUUCUCUCUCCCUCCUCCAUCCACUUCCUCCCUCCCUCCCUCUUCCAUCCCUCCUCUCUCCCUCCUCCAUCCCUCCUCUAUCUCUCCUUCCUCCUUCCUCUCGCCCUCCUCACAUCUCUCCUUUCCUUCCUCCUUCCUCUCAUUCUCUCCCCUCCUCCAUCUCUCCUCCCUCACCCUCCUCUCUCCCUCUCCUCCCUCCUCUCCUCUCUCCUCCCUCCCUCCCUCACCCCUCCCUCCAUCCAUCCCUCCUCUCUCCCUCCUCCCUCUCUUCCUCCCUCCCUCCUCUCUCUCCCUCCUCCAUCUACCUCCCAUCCUCCCUCCCCUCCUCCCUCCCCCUGCCCUCCCCUCUCAUCCCUCCUCCAUCUCUCCUCCCUCCUUCCUCCCUCUCUCCUCCCUCCCUCCCUCCUCCCAUCCCUUCCUUCUCUUUCUGCUUCUUCUCCAAUGCAGUGAAUGAUGAGCUGCUGAACCCAGAGAACGACACCAUAGGAAUCCUGGUCAGCACUGCAGUGGAGAUCAUAGUGGGAGGGAAGACCAUCAAACCUGCAGGUGGGCCAUGCCGCACCGCACCGGGACACUGGGACUCUGGGAGGGAAGGGUUCAUUAGCAUUGGUGGAGGUGUAGCACAUGGGAAUGUGUGAAACUUACUCCUCAGCCUGAAGUGUCCCCACUUGCACCACUGCAUAGCUAGCUUUCCGCGUGGCGCCGACUGGUAAAACGCUUCAGGAGGGCAGUCACAUGUGCUAGCAAGGCAGAGGUCCUGAGUUUGUGUGAUGUCUUUUACAGAGGCAUGAUGAGUAGUAUGGUUAGUUUACUCCACUGGGGACUAGUAUGGAGUAGUAUGAUGUGUUACUCCACUGGGGACUAGUAUGGAGUAGUAUGAUGUGUUACUCCACUGGGGACUAGUAUGGAGUAGUAUGAUGUGUUACUCCACUGGGGACUAGUAUGGAGUAGUAUGAUGUGUUACUCCACUGGGGACUAGUAUGGAGUAGUAUGAUGUGUUACUCCACUGGGGGCUAGUAUGGAGUAGUAUGAUGUGUUACUCCACUGGGGACUAGUAUGGAGUAGUAUGAUGUGUUACACCACUGGGGACUAGUAUGGAGUAGUAUGAUGUGUUACUCCACUGGGGACUAGUAUGGAGUAGUAUGAUGUGUUACUCCACUGGGGACUAGUAUGGAGUAGUAUGAUGUGUUACUCCACUGGGGACUAGUAUGGAGUAGUAUGAUGUGUUACUCCACUGGGGACUAGUAUGGAGUAGUAUGAUGUGUUACUCCACUGGGGACUAGUAUGGAGUAGUAUGAUGGUUACUCCACUGGGGGACUGUAUGGAGUAGUAUGAUGUGUUACUCCACUGGGGACUAGUAUGGAGUAGUAUGAUGUGUUACUCCACUGGGGACUAGUAUGGAGUAGUAUGAUGUGUUACUCCACUGGGGACUAGUAUGGAGUAGUAUGAUGUGUUACUCCACUGGGGACUAGUAUAGAGUAGUAUGAUGUGUUACUCCACUGAGGACUAGUAUAGAGUAGUAUGAUGUGUUACUCCACUGGGGACUAGUAUGGAGUAGUAUGAUGUGUUACUCCACUGGGGGCUAGUAUAGAGUAGUAUGAUGUGUUACUCCACUGGGGGCUAGUAUGGAGUAGUAUGAUGUGUUACUCCACUGGGGGCUAGUAUGGAGUAGUAUGAUGUGUUACUCCACUGGGGGCUAGUAUGGAGUAGUAUGAUGUGUUACUCCACUGGGGGCUAGUAUGGAGUAGUAUGAUGUGUUAUUCCACUGGGGGCUAGUAUGGAGUAGUAUGAUGUGUUACUCCACUGGGGACUAGUAUAGAGUAGUAUGAUGUGUUACUCCACUGGGGGCUAGUAUGGAGUAGUAUGAUGUGUUAUUCCACUGGGGGCUAGUAUGGAGUAGUAUGAUGUGUUACUCCACUGCAGGCAUAGAACAUAUUUAGGAAAUGUAAAUUGUAGUGUUUUCGAGGUGUAAAAAGGCAUGUAAAGUUUGUUAUUUCCACUUUAAACGAAAAAUAUAUCAACCCCUUCAAAAAUGUCCAUUAAUUAUAAUCCACAUACUAAUUCACAUUUCCUGUUGCUGCAGGAUCAUUAUCCUGCUGUGAGAAACUGUUCAAAUUAAGAUAGUACAUCUGUAGUAGGUAUUUGGAGGGAAAUAAAUGUAUCACGGUAGGAGGAAAAUAUCUGUCUCUCGCACGCACGCUCUUCCCUUCUCUCUCAUUGCUUUGGGAAUAUCUCAACGUCUCUCCCUCUAUGUAUGACUAGUGGUUGGAGUAAAGCUGGACCUUGAGGCCUGGGUGGACAAAUUCAAGAUCUUGGCUAGCAACCAAACAAGUCCAACAAGUGACAACCGCCAAGUCCAACAAACGGUAACAAACAUAAGGACAACCAGGAAUUGAACCCACACAAAAACAUAUGAAAUGUGUUUUUUGCUGAUCCUUGAUGAUUAUUUGUUGCAGUGUGGACCAACCAGUGGCUGUGAGAUGGACUGUGACGCCAACAGCGAAGUAAGAUUAUGAAUAAUCAGUGGUGUAGUGGAGGGUAUAUACAGGUUUACGCCGUAUACCCACUUAUCUUUCAGUGGGCAUUGUGUAUACUCCCUUCUUAAUCCCCAGGAUGCGUAUUAAAGUAGAGUAGUGGAGGUAUACGCCGUAUCAAUUAACAAGGUUGUUGGAACAGAUCGGAAUGUUUCGCUUAAAAUGUUGAUAAACUAUUAUUUAUUCACAUUUUCAGUGCAGCAAUGUACACACGGCGGUAGGCCUAGAACGGUGUGAAUGUUCCAAAAUGCUAUUUGUGGGAAAACAUAAUUGAGUCAGAAGACACCAGACUGUGAAAGACCAACAUGGGAUAUAUCAUUUUAGGUCAUUCAGAGUGUAUGUCACUGUUUAUCUGAGAAUUGUUCACACAGGCAGGACCAUUUGGGAUCUUUUGGCAAGAUUAGAGUAAACCCACAUCUCCAGGCACCACUACACCACUGUGCAUAAUGCUAAUAUCAUGUUUUCAAUGGUACUAUAUGCAUGAGACAUAGUUGAGAGUUAAACAGACUAACUAACAGUUGGGUUCUCAUGUUGUCAUGGUUGUCUAUCUGUGCCUGGCCAUGUAGGACCUUCUGUGUUACCUGGUGGAUGACGGUGGUUUUAUGAUCAUGUCCAAUCAGAAGGAUCACUGGAACAAGGUGACAUGUCCUUACAGUUAAUACAAAGCUUUAUUGAACCCAGUCUAUCUUUGACUUAGGGGCAUGUUUUAUAAAUCUGUGUUGUGUAACUCUGUAUUUCCUCUCUUCUACAGAUUGGCAUGUUCUUUAGUGAAGUGGACCCCUACCUGAUGCAUGCUCUCUACAACAACUCCUUUUACAACCGGAAGCAGUCCUUUGACUACCAGUCUGUGUGUGACCCCGUGCCAAGCAGCAACACCGGGGCUGCGCCAAGAGGAGUCUUUGUGGUAAGUACUUCACACAUUCAACAAUGAAAGACACGGCUAUCACCCUUCUGUAAUAAUGGAUGAAUGAAUGCUUGAUAGCUAGCAAAUUUAAAAUGGUGAACAGUCAAUGUCCUUGUGUUCAUGCUUCCCCCUCUUUCUCCCUCCCAUCAGCCCACCAUUGUGGACUUUGUGAACCUGGCUUGGUGGUCAUCAGCAGCUGCCUGGUAAGACCAGAGAAUACAGGAAUACUGUUACCUGAAACACACACUACUAAAACAGAGCCACAUAUUUGCACCACCAACAUCCUUUAAACAAUCUCCCUUUCCACUCAGGUCCCUAUUUCAGCAGCUGCUCUAUGGAAUGGCCUACCAUAGUUGGUUUGUCACAGGUGAGUACAAAGUCGAGAUAUUGUUAUAUCACUGUCCUAUAUAUAUGUUUUUUAUGAAGGACAGUGAUUGCAACACUAGACUGUACUAGUGAUUAUCUGUGUCCACAUCAAUAUGUAUAUGUCUGUGUGUUGUAGAUGAGGUGGAGGCCGAGGGGAUGGACUCCAGAGAGACCAGCUGUGUGACGAUACAGACUCAGUUCUACUUCACUAACAUCAGCAGCUCCUAUGACAUCCUGCAGGACUGUGGCAACUGCUCCAGGUAGCUUUUACUCUACACUUACAACUCGUACACACCAGUGGAGGCUGCUGAGGGGAGAACGGCUCAUAAUAUUACAUUUUACAUUUUAGUCAUUUAGCAGACGCUCUUAUCCAGAGCGACUUACAGUUAGUGAAUGCAUACGUUUUCAUACUGGCCCCCCGUGGGAAACCGAACCCACAAUCCUGGCGUUGCAAGCGCCAUGCUCUACCAACUGAGCUACAGGGGAACGGCGCAAAUGUAAUGGCAUCAAACACCUGGAAACCAUGUGUUUGAUAUAUUUGAUACUAUUCCACUGAUUCAGCUCCAGUCAUUACCACAAGCCCGUCCUCCCCAAUUAAGGUGCCACCAACCUCCUGUGGUGCACACAUACACCAACAUAGUUAAUGGAAAAUGCACUUGAGUAAUAGUCCUUAAUUCAGCGUUUCCCAAACUCAGUCCUGGGGACCCCAAGGGGUGCACGUUUUGGUUUUUGACCUAGCACUACACAACUGAUUCAAAUAAUCAACUAAUCAUCAAGCUUUGAUCAUUUGAAUCAGCUGUGUAGUGUUAGGGCAAAAACCUAAAUGUGCACCCCUUGGGGUCCCGAGGACCGGGUUUGGGAAACGCUGCCUUAAUGAAUCUAAAAGUUGAUGAAAUUCUAUCAGAAGUACUGAAAUAGUAACCUCAUUAAGUUAAAUGAGCCUAGUAAAACUAUCUCAUGGAGCUGAUCCAACAAUGAACAAGUCUGUCAUAUACAAAUGUAGGAUCUUAAUUUUAUCACUAUUUUGUUGCUGAGAAUUUUCCUGAUCUUUUGUGAUUGAUUUUGAUAAAUUCACUGAAAACCCACACUAACACAAGGUUAUAUAAACAGUAUUAUAAACUGGGUGGUUUGAGCCCUGAAUGCUGAUUGGCUGACAGCUGUGGUAUAUUUAAGCAAUAAGGCCCGAGGAGGUGUGGUAUUCUGGCCAAUAUACCACGACUAAGGGCUGUUCUUAGGCACCAACGUAAUUAGAGCAGUAAAAAUACAUGUUUUGUCAUACACGGCUCUCAGCCAAUCAGCAUCCACCCAGUUUAUAACAGACCGUAUACCACAGGUAUGACAAAACUUUUAUUUUUACUGCUCUAAUUACAUUGGUAACCAGUUUACAAUAGCAAUAAGGCACCUGUGUCCAGGCACUCUGCGUUGCGUCGUGCAUAAGAACAGCCCUUAGCCGUGGUAUAUUGGCCAUAUACCACAACUCCUCUGGCAUUAUUGCUUAAUUGCACUUUUCAUGUAGCCUACUUUUGGCCAGCUAAUAACCUAACCACCGAUCAAGCAACAUAAUAGACUAAACAUAAAAAUCCUGCAGGAUUAUUUUGCUGUGACAAUAUAGGUCAAUUUAAGAUCCUACACUUGUAAGAAGAGUUUGUUGACUCAGUCUCUCUCUCUCUGUGUGUAGGCUGAUCCAUGCCAAGAGGUUAAACAACACCAACCUGCUGUUUGUGGUGGCAGAGAAGAUGCCCUGCAAUACCUGUGAGGUAGAGAAACUGUCCCAGGCGGAGACUGAGUGUAUCCUUACCAACAUAUGCACACCUGCUGUUGGGAGUCUUCUCCGCUCAUUCGUUUAUCUAUCUCUUUAUCGACUUGUUUAUAAGAGUGGCUUUUCACAUUCAACUGACUGGUGUUAUUGUCAAACCAUUUAAAUGUGGGUUCGGUCCAGUUGACCCUUUGAUGCCUAUUCUAACUAAAGCUUCUGUAUGUUGUGUUUAUCUUUGUGUUACAUGUUUUUUAUGGCAUAAACCUGUGGGAGAGGAAGCUAUAGGAGCGGGUGUUUGUACACACAGAGACUUGGAGAGUGACUAUAUAGGUAAUGUGAGUCAUUCCUUAACCACGCCUCUUCCAGUCAAGGACGAGAACCCAUCAUGUGAGGACAUGAGUGCAGCGAGGUAUCGAAAAGGGCCCACUGUGUGCUACGACUACAAUCUCUCUGUAAGACUUACAACUGAGUGUACAACUCAGCACUCGUUUACACAGACCAUACAAUAAACAUAUACUCAUGCGCAUAGAUCCUAUUUUCACUAAGAAGACACACACCAUUAAUAUUUAUUUUUUAUUUUCAAAAAUUCUACUGUAUGACUAAAUAUGUCUCCUUUACUCUCCAGGAGAACACAUCAGACUGUGGGCGGGGCCACUCCUUCCGCCCCUCACUCCAGACCCUGCUCAUGAUUCAGCUCUUCCUCCUCUAUCCAAUCGCCAGCCCCCAUAUUCUGCCCCUCUUACUUUAAUUCUCCUCCUGUCUACUCUCCCCAGCUUUUUUUCCAUCCUAAUGCCCCCGCCCUCUCCCCUCUAUGCUCGCCCCUGCUCUAGUCAUAGGUUAUAAUGGGACUUCCUGUCACUGCAACUUGGAAGCCCUGAGUACCGCGCUACUGUACCCAGCUAGCUUCAAUUGUUGUUGCUUAGUGACAGUUGCAGGACCUGUAUGUUCUCAGCGAGUUACGUACCUUCAUCCAUGGGAAGAGAUUCAGAAGGUUGGUGUUCCAACCACCACAAUUAUCAGAGGCUAUGUCAGAAAACAAAAAAGACCCCACCCCUACCCGCAUCAACAGGACGAGUGACAAGUUAAAAGACAAGUUGGAUGCAAUGUCACAGAGCUCCAGCUGUCAUGGACACAGCAGAGUUUAGGUUGAAUGUUUCUGCCUCUGUUAGUCAGACGGGAUGAGGAGACAUGGCCUCCAUCUCGCUCACUCAUCUCUGACCUGAUCAGUCUCAUCGCUCUGUCAUGUGUCUCUCAUGGGGGGCUACUAUACGGACCAUUCAGACAUUUAUAGCUACUGUAACAAGAGAAUUAAGGAAAAAAUGAACUUUCAAGUAUACAAAAACAUACAAUUAUAAACUGUUGAAGUAUUGAGUAUUCAAAGCAUAUGUUAGGGUAUCAUUUGCAAUGAAAGUUGUUAGUUGUUACAUUAAUUAAUUUAUGCACUAUAUCUACUUCUUGCCAAAAUGAGAGACUUUUCAUGUGGUCUUAUUUUUAUAACCAAAUUAGUGAGAGGAAAAAGAGAAACUCAGAAAGGAAAGCUAGAGAAAUAGUGUUAGGAAUAACUGAGUUGGCUGAAUACCAAUUCUUCUUGAAGACCUCUACUGUUCUCCACUUGAAGUUUGAACUGUUUCUGCCCCUGGAAGCACAGUAUUGUAUUUAUAAUCAUGGUAAUAUGAAAUAGUAGUCUUACAAAGAAUAACAUUUGACGUCUUUGAUCAUCAUAGAUAACUGAUGUUAGGUAAUGAAUCGGUAAUUAGGUGUCCGAAUUGGACAAAGCAAAUUAUAACUUUUCCCUUACAAAAAAAUUAAAAACACUAGGCUACACCAGUUUAUUAUGAAUCAGUAUUAAGCCUCUCAAAAGUCUGAACGUUUGGGCUUCAUUGCUGUAGGUGGUGUGUAGUACAGUGCUAUCCCACUCGGCACACACUAAUUGAAUCAACGUUGUUUCCACGUCAUUUCAACGAAAUUACAUUGAACCAACGUGGCAUCGACGUUGAAUUGACAUCUGUGCCCAGUGGGAUCCUUUCUGAUCAGUGGACAUUCUGACUGACCUUUGCUCCUGACCCCAGUGAAAGCGAACCCCUCUGCCAAUCCUCAUACGGCCGCCACACCGGGUCCACUAAUGUUCCUAGGACUGUAUUUGUAUGUGUUUAAUAUCUGUUGUCACCACAGAAGCGCAGAUACACAAAUAUCUAUUCAGACUGGCCCAUAAGUAUCUAAUUUUAGUUGCAGGUAGGUUUUGGCAGAACUUAGCUUGUAUUACCUUUGACAGACGCUGUGUAACUUCAGACCAUUUGCUGCUGGGGGAUUGGGGCUUAACAUUUCCCACAUAAAGAUAUGCAGCUGAGGCCACUGACGACUGAGCUGCAGUCUGGGUGUGUUUUCUGUUACAUGUCAUUCUGAUCAAUUUGAAGUGAAAUGUCAUUAGACUCCAUGUUUAGGAGCCACUCUCUGUUGUCAUAGUGCCUUGAUGCACUUUGUUUUGGAAAGCAUUGGCUCUAGAGCUACUGUACAGUAGCUUUAUAGAAGAGCCACCCUAAUGGCUGUGGAGCUACAUGAUCUUUAUAGAGCAAGUCUAUUGGCUAUAUAUCUACAGUAGCUUUAUAGA